UUGUUAGAUUGGAUUGAUUCAAGAUGGAAGAUGAUAAUAUAGAUGCACCAACAUGGGAGAACAUGGCUCAAUCACCAACACUUGAGCCAAAUGUUUUUCAAAUAACAUCCAAGUGUAAGAUAAAAUUAAAAUAUGGAGGCUACUUUCGAUUAGCUAAGAACUCGGCUAGGAAACGGUAUUGUUUUGGUUAUCAAAAAUGUAUUUACAUUGAUACAUACUCAUACAACUUUGAUGAUUUAGUUGAAGAGGUUACAAAUCAUUAUCCACCAAAUAGGGAUCUCGUUUACUCUAUUUAUUUCGUUGACAAGUAUGCCAUAGAUCAAUCUGUUAUCAAGCUUGAUUCUCAUGAGAAAUUUGAGUUUAUGAUUAGAAUGUAUGAAGUGGAAAAAGAACUUGUCGUUUAUGUGACAACGAAUAGUAAUCAUGAGACUUCUUCAGUUAAUCAAAGGGGUCAAGAUGAAGUGGGUGACGAACCACACAGUGAAGAUGAAUCAGAGUAUUCAUUAAGUGAUGAAAGCUAUCAUAGUUAUUAUAGUAGUGAUGAUGAAGUUGAGGAACAUAACUCCCAAGAGUAAACUUAUUUUUCCAUGUUAUAUGUAGAAUUUGG